AUGACACCAGCACCAGAUGUUUGGAUGAAUAAGGUCCUGGUCUUCUUUGCAAUGAGCGAAGUUUUGAUCGCCUCCAGGCUUGGAAGAUGGUUAUUGGAUGCUGCAUUAAUAACGAUGUCUGCCUUUGCAACGUUUUCCUCGAUGACAUCCAGGCUAUUUAAGUCUCCAAUGACCGUUUCCAGAUUCCCGUUGAUUGCCUGCUUGAGCAAAUCUGCCUUGGCUUGA